CUCAGACUGCUCCACGUCAUCGUCCCCUCCACCACUCCAUCCUUAAAACGGCUGCAAAACUACUCCUCUUUACUAUUUUAACUCCGUUGACCGCCACGGCAGCUGGAAGCGGUCCGUAACAUCAGUGUUCUCCGACAUGAGGCUGGGACUCGCCACCCUCGCGUGUUUCUUCAGCUUUGUCUGGCUGUCGGAAUGCGCUCCUCCGACCUGCUACUCCAGAGCGCUCGGCCUCAGCAAAGAAGUCAUGUCUCUGCUGGAUAAAAUACACACGUACAGUCGGACGAAAACGUGCGCUGAGGUUCUACCCACGAUCUUCCUUGAUGUGCAUAACGCAUGUGUCACAACCAAGCUCCGUGACUUUCUGUAUGUGGUGCUGAACCAUCCUGACCAGUCCUGCAGAGAACGUCCCAGAAUGGUGCUGCUCAAACGUAAAAUCCAGAACUUGCACACCAUUAUCACCAGAGUCUGUUAUCGGGACCUGGUGUUUUUCACAGAUGACUGUGAGGCUAUUGACACUGGACACAGCAGCCCUUACUAUGCAGAGGACAGGCUUCAGCUACUGCAAGAGGAGAGAUAAUCAACACACACACACACACACACACACAGCAGAUGACAGACGCCCACCGGUUUGUUAUUCAUAAAAACACAUGAGCAAUAUGUAGAAUGGAAACGCAUAUACAAUACACACCGCAGCCUGCUCUGUAUUAGAUGCAUCAUAAACAAUGCACACAGGGUGCUGUUUCAUGUUUUACCUAGUUGGCUCUGCGUUAGCUGCACGCUCAUAGUAGUGGACAUGUGUGGCUACAUUCCAGCAAGGAGUCGAGAAUUUUCACAGGAAAUUUGCUGAAUGCCAACCAUGCCAUUGAAAACCUUACAAUAAUAAAGCAAUAAGAGAUGCUUGUGAGCCGGUUUUAACCGCUGCUUACUUACAUGGGCUAUAAUCAAAGGUCCAUGUGUCAUUAAGAGAAAUAAGUUGUGUUGCCAUAACCCUUGGUCUGACUUAAAGGAACACUACACAGCAUUUUGUAAAUAUUUGAAGAGCUGAACAUGGUGGUUUAAAAUGUUACGUAAGAAAUAGAUGUACCAAACAUUGCUUUCUCACACUCAGUCGUAGAGUACACUCCUUCAGAAUUUUAUCACAAAAACUUACGACAGUACUGCUGCUUGUGCUAAAGCUGAAUAAAAAUGCAAAUGAUCUUGGCCUGAAGCAGAAUGUAUAUAAAAUAUGAGAGCCCUCACUGUUGUAAACAUAUUAGACACUUGCCUGUGUUUAUGUACACUUAAAGACAAUCCAUAUGUCUUGCAUUAUGUAAUAAAACUUCUCUUUAUGUAUCAGCUUGUA